UGUUCAUGAGUUCUUCUCUGGUGAGAGAGCUCCGGGUACCAUCACAGAAGACCGUUUUAAAGCAAAAAACUAAACAAUGCGCACCAACACGCCGAGGCGACCAUCUGCGGCGCCAUCAUUCAGACAGCAGCUGUGCAGACAAACUUCAUGCUGUCCAUUCGGAGAAAACACAGACUUUAAGCAGGGCUGCCCGGGUCCAGUCCUGGAGAACUACCACCCUACUGCAGUCAUUUCCUUUAAAGUGUCUUCUCUGAUUAGGUCAGAGGUCAAACUCCAGUUCCACACAGCCACUGCUGAAGACUAGAUGGAAAUAUUCCAGAGUCUUUGCACCAUGUGAUCAUUGUAACUCUAAUCUGAUUGGUCCUUCAUUGCUUUAAUCUGAGACUCUGUAAUCUGGAACUAGUUCCUCUAAAUUCAGGUCCCUUCUGAGAAGACAUGGGACUCUGAUAAGUUUAGUCCUGGUUUUAGUUCAGCCCUGAACACCAAACUGGCCCAGAGUGACUUUUCUAAAGAUCAUGAUCUUCAUGUGAAGAUCAGGAGCUGGUGUGUUUUUGGUGUUUAUUCUGUGACAUCUGAAGCAGCUGGAUGAGCUGUUUCAGUGCUGCUUCACUGAUGCUGUUCUGUCUCCACCACAAACCAAUGAUCACCUCUGAGCAGACAUCAAGAACCAUCUUCAGAUCCUGUGAAACAGCAACACUGGUUCAUCCCUUGAGUUCUGCUGAAAGGUCAGAGUUAAAAACCUUCCUGCUAAAACUGAGAAGACCUCAGGCCUUCGGGAAGCCCGAAGAACUGUUGACCCAGAACCCUUUGCAGACUUACAGCAUAAGAAGGAACAUGUGGAGGAAUGAGGAGCUGAUCAGGAGUUCUGGAUCCAGGAGAAGUCUGUAGAGCUGGUUUUCUGCCGAUGAGAACUGACCUCAGAUCAGACGGAUCUCUGAACACCUUAAUGAGAGCUUCUGUCCUCACCUGCAGACUGGGAUCAUUGCAGGUGAGUGUCAGGUUGCAGGUGUGUGUGUAAACAGUCAUCAGCGUGUGCGGUGCCAGCCGGCGUGUGAUGACAGGAAGGGUGUGUGUCGCUGACGCCUUUCAUCUAGAAGAGCUGGAUUUAGGGAGAGGAAACUGCAAACACUCAUUCUCUGCGUCAGGCCGCUUUGAUGUGAACACCACUCCAGAGAGCACCGUGCAGCACUGGAAGGACUGGGAGCAUUGGGAAGACUGGAAGUACUGGUCAGUACACAAGUGGAGGUUCUCACACAGAAAUGUGAUCAGAGUUGUGAAUGUUCCCCAGUUAAAAACCUGCAGAAUCUGAUGUUCAGUUUUUAACCUGACAGUCUCUCUCUCUUUCUCUCUCACACACACACCUGUGUGGGCGGAGCUUCAGCAGGUACAGUCUGAGCUUUCUAUCCAGCAGUCAGAGUUUCAGAGAAGCUGAGGAACGAUCUGCUGCAGCUACAUCUGAAGAUGACCAUCAUGAACCUUCUCUGAUCCAGCCAGGUGUCUUCUCUCAUUGGUCAGUGCUGAUUACAUGAUGAGCUCCACCUUCUCUCAGUCGCUCUUUGAUCAUUUUAGUAUGUCUCCCCCUGUUGGACUGGAGGAUCGGAGCAGGUCACAGCACUCAGAAUCUAUGUCCACCUCAGUCCCAAUCCUCUUCUACCCCCCCACAAUGGACCCCUCCACCCUCAGCCUGUAUAAGGGCCCUCUGAGAGGCCCCGGAGGGAUCCUGCCAUACCUGUCCCCGUUCCACCACCACGGACACUUCAGUGUCUACGAGUGUCCGUUCGAGCCAGCAUUCAUCCAGAAGCGUAACGAGCGAGAGCGACAGCGUGUGAAAUGCGUGAACCAGGGCUACGCCAAGCUACGGGACCACCUGCCGGGUCAGAGUGCCGACAAGAGACUCAGCAAGGUGGAGACGCUGCGGGCUGCCAUCAGGUACAUCAAGUACCUGCAGAGGCUGGUGGAGAUGGAGGAAGAAGCUCAUGAAGGGGCAGAGUCAGCCGGAGGUACACCGUCUGAACUGGACAGAGGAGACAUGUUGAGCGAUAAAAUCAGUUUUUAACUUCCGACUGCUUUCUGCUUCACACAGAGGACCAAUCAGAAUCUAACAUCCAGAGGGAGGAGCCAAAAACAACCUGAUGAUGGAGGAGGAGUCAAUAGACUGAGCUCCAGGGGGCGUUGCAACUUCAAACCGGAGUAAGACAAAGAUGCCCAGAGGUCCUGCUCCUCUGAAAUGUUCAGAGAUCAGAUCAUAAAUGAACAUUUGUGUUGAUUACAGUAACAGCGCCACCUUCAGAUUGCUACAAAAAUUCUUCAGAUGGGCCACCUUCACACCAGCUUACACAGAAACUCAAGAGGGACAAACCACUGACUCUUUAUGGACCUUUCAGCCACCGUAGUUUGUAGUUAAUGUGGUUUUAAUGUUUUUAGCCACUAGAUGUCACUGCUGAGGACUGCAACCUUCAAAAUGAAAAUGAAACUGGAUCAAACGUACAAAAAUGUAGUUUCUUAUGCCCCUUUUCCUCCCGGCGCGGCUCCGCUCCACUCGGUACGGUACCAGUUGUGUUUCCACUGACCCACUGACGGAUGGAGUCCCGCCUCCAGCCGUCACUGUAGUGGUUCUGCUGCUAUUAACGUUACUCUGUUACAUUUUCACAUUAAUUUGAGUGAAACCAUAAAAAAAAAUGGAAAUAAAAACAUAAAUAAAGUAAAUACUAAUAAUG